GUCCGCCCCACAAUGCCGGGGAAUGGAAUCAACACAGGGUCCGAGGUGGACUUCCCCGCUGUUGCCUUUUACUGCCAGGCCUCAGUCGGAGAGUUUGAUCUGCAUACGGUGCAACAGGCAGUUGCCAAAGAGUUGCGCAUUUCAAAGGGCCUCCAGGGCAUGCUGAUUAUGGGAGAAUGCCAUACAGACCAGCCGCACUUGAAGGUGUCCUGGUCUGACACAGUCGAGGAAUCUCGCCUUUGCUUUCGCCGAGGAGCCAUCCGUACAAAGGACCGCUGGGCCUUCAAUGCUGCUUUCACCCGAAUUCGGGGCUUUGUGGAUUGGCUGCAGGACAGUGACUGCCUGGACACCCGUCGCAGCAUAGGGAACCUCAGUUGUCCUCGACACGUCGUGUCCUCCUCCUGGGCACGAGAGAAGGGAGUUGCUGGCAUUCCCGUCAUGAACUUGCAUCCGGCUCAUUUCCUAUACCAGGGAUGGAACAGUUACUGGCUUCGAUGGAUCGCCAGCGGGAAAGAGGCCUACUUUGUAGUGGCCCGCACGAAGGCUGAAAUGGUUUUGGCUGGUGAGCUCUUAUCACAAAUUCGGUCUCAAGGUUUGGACAUCGAUGCCGCCGCCACCAACCAUGCAGUGCAAGCACAAACUUCCCAGGUACCUACGGAAACAGAUUACGAGUCACAAGCCAGAAUUCGCGAGCUUGAAGGUAAAAACCUGCGACAGUUACCCUUGCAGUUCAGCCCCGGCUUCAAUCUUGGCACCCCUGUCAAGCGUGAGCUUAAAGCCUGGAUCAGCUCCUUGACCUUGAAUGAUGCCGACGAUUUCCUGGCAAAAAUUCGCAGGCUCAUAGCCGUUGGCUCCUACAUGGAGCAGCAGACGCAAGCCGCCGCCAAAGCUUUUCGAUGCCUCAUCGGCGGCAUUGCUCCCGAUCUUUUGCAUUUGGAGUUUUCCAGCUGUUGCGUGGUUCAAUGGUGCUGCGCACGGAUUGCCAUACAUGAAGCACACCGGACCCUACCUGACACCCAUGUGCUGAGAGGCGUGUUCCGUGCCCUGGCCAUCCUACCAGGCUAUCCCAGCUUUCAACAAUUUUGUGCCGAGUCAGUUUUGUACAUCCGCUUCUCUCCUGUGAAGAAGCACGCCAAACUUUUCUAUGUGGGCAGCACGGAGAAAUCUGUGAUGGUCCGAGAGCACAGCAGGUACCGCAAGUACAAACAGGUGCUCGAGGACAAGCUUGUGUCAGCGGAACUUUCCAUUCGGUUUUGGGCACAUCACCGCAACUUUUGGGACUGGUGUGUGAUUCCUGUGUCAGACACCGUAGCCAGCGAUGUCCUUCGAGGGCGUGAGCAAGCCCUCAUUCAGACAUUACAACCUCCGCUUAACUUCCCUUUUAUCGCGCGGUGGUUCUGCCCGCGUCGUGGCAUCAUCAAACCACCUGACGCCACGCACGCCCAGAAGAUCGGCCUGUGCCGUGGGCUACCAGCCCCCCUGUACGCCAUCUUCGAAAAACCUUCUUUUCGCACCAAAGAGGCCACAUGGGUGCUGCUCACCCAGCUAGGCAGCAAUACUGAGGCUUAUUUCACAGCUGCCAAACGCCUGAGGGGAACUGAGUUCAGUUACCCCGCGCUGUGUGCCCUUCACCGCAUGGCCAAGCAUCUGUCUGCCUACAUGGCACCCAACGCGCUACGCGCUAUCGCUUCUGCUCUCAAAUUUCGAGGUUUUCUCCCUCCCAAGGGGCACCGACCAUUGCGAGUGCCGUUUCUCUCUCACGAGACCUACCGCAAGGACCUCAGAGCAUGCAUGAGGGCCUACAUCUCUGAGUGCAUUCAUGCCGUCACUCCCUUUCAUGUGCCAAAGACCACCGUGGUCUUCCCCCGUCACCCACGCAUUGCUCAGGUAUUACUUAACCAUCAGGAUGCACUGAAGCAGUGGGCAGCACGCAGGGAACCCACAUGCAAGUGUGACAUCACUCGGAAGUAUGCGCCCAGGGGUACGGAGUUCACCAAAUCUCUCAGCACCCUUGAGAAGCAGAUAGCUAGUGGCUCGACCACUGACACCUUCUUCCCUGACAAAGCACAGCUUCGCACUCAAUUUUUCGAGGGUUGGUCGAACUGGUGCAAGACCAAUGCGUUGCCAGGCCCACCACGCGGCCUUGCCGUCUUUUUUCAGCAGGUUUGGGACAAACAUCUAACGCAGGCGUACGCGCUACCAAAGCGCAAGAAAGACUUUGCGUCGGGACGACCGAUUGUUUCUUUUAUUGAUGCUUUUAUGAGACCUUUGCUGGAGGCCUUUUCUAGAGGCGACGUUUACGAACUCCUCAGUCAGGUUCGCGACUUCUUCCAAUCCGGCACCACGGCGCAGUUACACUGCCGAAACCAGGACCUGGCCGGGUUCUUCAACUCCAUCUCCCAGUCUCAAUUCUUGCAGGCUUGGCGCAUCACACUUGAGUUUUACAGGCAGAGACAUGGGGUCCGACCAGACACUACUUUCUCGGUCAAUCUAAAAGAACAUGCUCAGCAGCUGCGAGUUUUUCGCGGAAAACGCCGCACCCGGGCUUCCCGGCAGGUUACCAUUUGGUUCGAAGACCUGCCAACCAUCAUCCGACACGCUCUCGCACUGCAGCACUUCCAAGUCUCAACACGAGGCUUCCGCCAAUGCUUCGUUUCGCCGAUGGGGUCUCGCCUAUCACCUGCCUUGUGCGGCAUGGUCAUCGCUGCGCAAGAAGAGAUUUGGCGACGCACCUUCAGCAUCACUUGCUCCAACAUGAACCAGGCCUUGCUCAGCCUGAGAUAUGUUGACAACCGUCUUUGGAUCUCUGAAAGCAGGUUUGAGCAGCUCCUGGGAAUUCGACUACUGCUCAAUAAUCAUUUCUACGGCGGUUCAAUCAUUUUCGAAGAUGAACCUGCCUACGAUUUCGUGGGUUUCUCCCUCGACUUUGAGCAACGCCGCAUUCUUUACAAUCGGGCAUGCCAGGUAGUCAACGUGUCUUCGUCGGAGCCAGCGGAUGGGCCCACCCUUCCAGAGAGCCCCACUGCACGCAG